AGGAAAGACCAAGUCUAGAGAAAUGGGAGUUCGAGGAGCAUUCCACCUUCUACUCGUGUGCCUGAGCCCAGCACUGCUGUCUGCUGUGAGGAUCAAUGGGGACGGCCAGGAGGUCAUGUAUCUGGCGGAAGGUGACAAUGUGAGGCUAGGCUGCCCAUAUAUUUUGGACCCUGAGGAUUAUGGUCCCAAUGGGCUGGACAUCGAAUGGAUGCAGGUCAACUCAGAACCCUCACAUAGGGAGAAUGUGUUCCUUAGUUACCAAGACAAAAGGAUCAGUCAUGGCAACCUUCCCCAUCUGCAGCAGAGAGUUCGAUUUGCAGCCUCAGACCCCAGCCAGUAUGAUGCCUCCAUCAACCUCAUGAACCUGCAGGUGUCUGACACAGCCACCUACGAGUGCAGGGUGAAGAAAACCACCAUGGCCACCAGGAAGGUUAUUGUCACUGUCCAAGCACGUCCUGCAGUACCUAUGUGCUGGACUGAAGGCCAUAUGACAAAGGGCAAUGAUGUGGUACUGAAGUGCUUUGCCAAUGGAGGCUCCCAGCCCCUCUCCUACAAGUGGGCCAAGAUCAGUGGGCACAGUCACCCCUACCGAGCCGGGUCCUACCACUCCCAGCACAGCUUCCACUCUGAGCUCUCCUAUCAAGAGUCUUUCCACAGCUCCAUCAAUCAAGGCGUGAACAAUGGGGACCUGGUGUUGAAGAGUAUCUCUGCAGAAGAUGAUGGGCUGUAUCAGUGCACAGUGGCUAACCAUGUGGGCUACAGCGUCUGUGUGGUGGAGGUGAAGGUCUCAGACUCUCAGCGUGUAGGCAUGAUCGUCGGCUCAGUGCUGGGCUCUUUGCUCAUGCUGGCCUGCCUGGCAGUAGGCAUCUGGGGGCUCAUCUGCUGCUGCUGCGGAGGCAACGGGGCUGGCGGCGCCCGUGGUGCCUUCGGCUACGGCGGCGGGGUCGGCGGCGGGGUCGGCGGAGGGGCCUGUGGCGGCGACUUGGCUAGUGAGAUCAGAGUGGACGCCGAGGCGCCCGGGUGCAAGGCCAGCGGGCGCGGCAGCCGCGUCACCCACCUCCUGGGGUACCCGACGCAGAACGUCAGCCGCUCCCUGCGCCGCAAGUACGCGCCCCCGCCCUGCGGCGGCCCCGAGGACGUGGCCCUAGUGCCCCGCACCACCUCUGCCUGCGAAGCGGGCCCCUCCCCGGUCUACGUGAAGGUCAAGAGCGCGGAGCCGGCCGACUGUGCCGACUGCGCCCAGGUCGAGCAGCAGUCGUGCAAGGACGGCCUUUUAGUACAUGUCUAAAACGGCCUUUGUAUUUCCCAAAGAGACGGCCGAUUCCUAUGUAUCCCUGGAAGCACAGUCAAGGAAACUACUGAAUGCCUUCACGGUGUGCCUCCA